AUGUCCACGCCUCUCCUCGUCUCUUCUCUGGCUUUGAUGGUUGUCGUCGUCACCAUCGUGGCGUCGGUGCCAGGGACCUUAGCCCAGACCACCAGCUACCGCCAGGCCCUUCGCAAGUAUUUCGGGUGCCCAGACUGCGAUCAAAGCAACUGCCCCGGCACGAGCCCCGUGGGAUGCGAGCUCGUCCUGGAACCCGGCGUGUGUGCUUGCUGCCAGGUGUGUGCUAGACUGGAAGGACAGAGCUGUGGCCUGACCUCCGGCCGCUGUGGGCAGAAAUUGGCUUGUCGUCCUAUGCCGGAUGAUUCUGACCCCAUAGGUGCUAUUCUGGAUGGAAGGGCAGUCUGCCUUAGGGUGCAAUGA